AUGGCCGACGUGGAAGUCCAGAUGCAAUACACCGCAGAGAGGAAGGUCCGCAAGGUGAAGAAGACCACCACGACCAAGAGGAGGGAGUCCUCCGAUCAAGGGGAAGUCACCAUCACCGAGAUCAACGAGAAGGAAAACCAGCUUCCCGACCAGGGGUGCGUGCCAGCCCUCCAGUCCAUGUAUCAUGUAGCAUGUAUCUGUCCAUGUCGUCUGGCUCCGGCUUAA